AUGCCGAUUGACUACUCCAAGUGGAAGGACAUCGAAGUGUCGGACGACGAAGACGACACCCACCCAAACAUUGACACUCCAUCGCUGUUCAGGUAAUAGCGUUCAAUACUUUGACCUUGAUUAAAUGAAAUAUCCGUUCAGAUGGCGUCACCAGGCUCGUCUGGAAAGAAUGGCCGAAAAGAAGCAAGAAAAGGAGAGGAUCGAGAAAGAGAAAGGAACGGCGAACAAGAAGAUGGAGGAGUUGGAAAAGAAGUUCGCCGAAGCCAACGUCGAUGAUCAAGCAUUGAUUCAAAAGGAGAUCGACGAGAUAAAGGCUCAGGAGGAGGCUUGGCAAAAGAAGGAAGCCGAAUUAGAGGAGAAGGAGCGCCUCGAGCCGUGGAACAUUGACACCAUCGGACACGAGGCUUUCAGCACCUCUAGAAUCAAUAAGGUAAACACUUUUGCAAAGUUCGAGCAAAAUACUAGUUUUACAAGUUUAAAAAAAAUCGAUUUCAGGUAACGGAAAAAAAGCCGGUUCCGAAGUUGACGGAUGAAGAGGAUUCGAAUGCGAUGGCCACAUUCUUCGACCAGAACGACGCCCUUCUGAAGACUCUUUCGACCCUUCAGGGCGGCGCCAAUGCCACCGAAAUCUUUUUGGCCGAAAAUCCGCAUAUGGCCUGCGAAUACACGGCCAACUGGCUGACAAUCGAGGCGCUGAACGCAGCGAUCGAGGAGGACGAGCAGAAGAUGAAAGUUAUGGCCGAGCAGUGCAUCAUCAUUCAAUACCUGAUCGAGCUGUCCAAAUCGCUCAACGCAACCGCGACGAACGCCACCAUUCAGCGCCAAUUCUUCAAGAAGUUCCAAGCCGCCGAGCCUGUCUAUCUCGGACAAUAUCACGAGGAGGUGAAGGCGUUCGAGAACCGACUUCGGACGCGUGCCCAAACCAAAAGAGAAUUAGCUAUGGCGGACGCUGAAGCCGACGAAAGGGAGCAGAGAAUCAAAGCGUCGCCGGGAGGACUCGAUCCGCAGGAAGUGUUCGAGGCGCUGCCCGAGGAGAUGAGAAAGUGCUUCGAAAGCCACGACAUUGAGGCGCUCAAGACCGUCGCCACCAAGAUGGAUGAAGAGGUAACCGAACGAUUAAUAAACUUUUUGUAUUUUUUCAAAAAGAAAAUUGAGUUCUCGUUUUUCAGGUUUUCACGUAUCAUUUCAAGCGAUGCAUUGACUCUGGACUGUGGGUUCCCGGAAAGACAGACGACGAUGAAGAAGAAGAAGAGGAAGAGCCUCAGCCUGGAACUUCGGCCUAA